CAAACUGGCUUUAUAAAGGGUCGUUAUUCCUUUUCAAAUGUUCGGAGAUUAUUUAACAUUAUAUACUCGUCUUCUUUUAAAACUCCACAAUGCGUCUGAUGCACCAUCAAUAACUCUCGGAGAUGUGAGGCGAGAUAUAGGCUUUUAUUGGCUGGAAGAAAGAACAAGCAGCAAUUGACCACCACACUGCAUCCUGGAGACAGGCCGGGGCGGAGUCCCCAAUCGCCUUUAUACCGGGAUCCGUGGGAGGAGCCACAGGAGCAGUCAGCGGGGAGGGGGGCGUGUCCAGACAGUGCCUCCAAAGCCAGUGGUCGAGGUGCUGGGGGAGCCGGCCAGAGAGAAGAGUGAGGUGGAGCUUGAAUGCACAGUCCCGCGGAGCAAACCUGCUGCCCGGAUCCGCUGGUUCAGAGAGAAAAAACAACUACAAGGAGUCAGUAGCCAGGAGCAGCGGGGAAAGGUGUUCACGGUGACCAGCCUGGUGAAGAUUCCGGUGUUCCGGAAGGACGACGGAGCAGUGGUGAUUUGUGAGGCUGAUGUCCCUGGGGUGAAGGGGAUGAAGAGGCGGACAGAGUUCCCACUCAGCGUGCGCUACUCCCCGACGGUUAAAGUUGAAGCUCCACCGCGAAUCGUGAGGGAGGGGGAAGAUCUGCUCUUGACUUGUGCUGUGACGGGGAACCCACUGCCCCCGCAGGUGAGCUGGAGCCGGCUGAACAGUAGCCUGCCGGACCGAGCGGAGGCACAGGGAAACACGCUGACCAUCCGGCGCCUCAACUCCGCUGACAACGGCACCUACGUGUGUGAGGUCCACACCGAAAUGGGCAGUUCCACUGACCAGUACACACUAGUGGUCUACGACGUCAGUACCUCGGCACCCAGCACUCUUGCUGUGCCAGAUCAGAGUGCUGUGGUGGAACCUCGGACAUCCACCAGCUACACCAUCGUGGGCGGUGUGCUCGCGGUCCUGGUCUUCGUCGUUAUCUGUGUCCUCAUCGUCACCGUCUGGUUCUCCAUGAGACAGAAAGGUACUCCUUCGCCGCCUCCCCUCACGAACCCUCGCACCGACCGCGGAACGGACCCACGACAAGCACACGGUGUAGCACAACACGAUUGCAGCUGGGGGCAGGGGAGUUCAGAGCCUCUCCCCACCGACCGGUUAGUGUCCCGUCACUAGCUCAGGCUCAGCGGCUGGCACAACUCGAAGGACCGAUGGCUGGCCGACCCACCCGCUCCGCCAUUCAGCCUGGCCCAGACUCAGCUUCACCCUCCUGUCUUAUCCCCUUGCUAGGCCAAAUUCUACCCAUCACUCCUUCAGCAUUUUAAUGAGCUCGUCUCUACUGCUACCCUGGGCAAGGAACUGAACAGAAUUACUGUUCUCUGGGAAAAAGCAGUUCCACUCCAUCCCCAUCCUAAAUCUAUUCGCCCAAAUGUCGAGGAUAUGUCCGCCAGGUCUGCUCUCACCGAUUACUGGAAACAACGUCCCUCUGCUACAGUAUACACCCCUUCCAUAGUUUUCUGUUUCUGUAAAUUCCCCUCUUACACUCCCGAGUUCCAGUGAGUACAGUCCCAGCCAACUCAAACUCUCCGCAACCUUUAACCCCUCGUCGCCUGGGCAAACCCAGUGAAUGGCUCUGGAUUAGUCCUGUGCUCUGUUCUGUGAAGUUACACUUCACAACCUGGUCUCCCCACCUGGUUUCUGCAAGGCAAUCAGCCUUCACCCUUGGCAUUCUGUUCACUGAAAUGGAAGCUGAUAUAGAACAAAGGGCAUAGAUCAUGUUAAUGCAGAAAGUAGACAAUAAAACAGCACAGAUCAGGAAAAGGACCUUCUGUUCAUCAUGUCACUGCUGACAAUAUUGCCAAAUUAAACUAAUCCCCUCUGCCUACACAAUGUACAUAUCCCUCCAUUCCCCACACAUUCAUGUGUGUCUGACACACUAAUCUCCUCUGUCUACACAAUGUCCAUAACCCUCCAUUCCUCACACAUUCAUGUGUGUGUCUGACACACUAAUCCCCUAUAUCUACACAAUGUCCAUAUCCCUCCAUUCCCCACACAUUCAUGUGUGUCUGACACACUAAUCUCCUCUGUCUACACAAUGUCCAUAACCCUCCAUUCCUCACACAUUCAUGUGUGUGUCUGACACACUAAUCCCCUAUAUCUACACAAUGUCCAUAUCCCUCCAUUCCCCACACAUUCAUGUGUGUGUCUGACACACUAAUCCCCUAUAUCUACACAAUGUCCAUAUCCCUACAUUCCCCACACAUUCAUGUGUGUGUCUGACACACUAAUCCCCUAUAUCUACACAAUGUCCAUAACCCUCCAUUCCUCACACAUUCAUGUGUGUGUCUGACACACUAAUCCCCUAUAUCUACACAAUGUCCAUAUCCCUCCAUUCCCCACACAUUCAUGUGUGUGUCUGACACACUAAUCCGCUCUGUCUACACAAUGUCCAUAACCCUCCAUUCCACACACAUUCAUGUGUCUAACACACGAAUCCACUCUAUCUACACAAUGUCCAUAUCCCUACAUUCCCCACACAUUCAUGUGUCUAACACACUAAUCCCCUCUCUCUACACAAUGUCCAUAUCCCUCCAUUCCCCACGCAUUCAUGUGUCUAACACACUAAUCCCCUCUGUCUACACAAUGUCCAAUUCCCUCCAUUCCCCACACAUUCAUGUGUCUGACACACUAAUCCCCUCUGUCUACACAAUAUACAUAUCCGUCCAUUCCCCACACAUUCACGUGAGUGUCUGACACACUAAUCCCCUCUGUCUACACACUGUACAUAUCCCUCCAUUCCCCACACAUUCAUGGGUCAAACACGCUAAUCCCCUCUGUCUACACAAUGUCAUAUCCCUCCAUUCCCCACACAUUCAUGUGUGUGUCUGACACACUAAUCCCCUCUGUCUACACAAUGUCCAUAUCCCUCCAUUCCCCACACAUUCAUGGGUCAAACACGCUAAUCCCCUCUGUCUACACAAUGUCAUAUCCCUCCAUUCCACACACAUUCAUGUGUGUGUCUGACACACUAAUCCCCUCUGUCGACACAAUGUCCAUAUCCCUCCAUUCCCCACACAUUCAUGUGUCUAACACACUAAUCCCCUCUGUCUACACAAUGUCCAUAUCCCUCCAUUCCCCACACAGUCGAGUGUGUGUCUACCACACUAAUCCCCACUGUCUACACAAUGUACAUAUCCCUCCAUUCCCCACACGUUCAUGUGUGUGUCUAACACACUAAUCCCCUCUGUCUACACAAAGUCCGUAUCCCUCCAUUCCUCACACAUUCAUGUGAGUGUCUGACACACUAAUCCCCUCUGCCUACACAGUGUCCAUAUCCCUCCGAUCCCCACACAUUCAUGUGUGUGUCUGACACACUAAUCCCAUCUGCCUACACAAUGUACAUAUCCCUCCAUUCCCCACACAUUCAUGUGUGUGUCUGACACACUAAUCCCCUCUGUCUACAAAAUGUCCAUAUCCCUCCAUUCCCCACACAUUCAUUUGUGUGUCUGACACACUAAUCCCCUCUGCCUACACAGUGUCCAUAUCCCUCCAUUCCCCACACAUUCAUGUGUGUGUCUGACACACUAAUCCCCUCUGUCUACACAAAGUCCAUAUCCCUCCAUUCCCCACACAUUCAUGAGUCUAACACACUAAUCCCCUCUGUCUACACAAUGUCCGUAUCCCUCCAUUACUCACACAUUCAUGUGAGUGUCUGACACACUAAUCACCUCGGUCUACACAAUGUCCAUAUCCCUCCAUUCCCCACACAUUCAUGUGUGUGUCUGACACACUAAUCCCCUCUGUCUACACAAUGUCCAUAUCCCUCCAUUCCCCAAACAUUCAUGUGUCUAACACACUAAUCCCCUCUGUCUUCACAAUGUCCAUAUCCUUCCAUUCCCCACACAUCCAUGUGUGUCUCUGACACACUAAUCCCCUCUGCCUACUCAAUGUCCAUACCCCUCCACUCCCCACACAUUCAUGUGUGAGUCUAACACACUAAUCCACUCUGUCUACACAAUGUCCAAUACCCUCCAUUCCCCACACAUUCAUGUGUCUGACACACUAAUCCCCUCUGUCUACAC